AUGGAUCCUAACGGCUCAGUUCCUGCCAUUUGGCAAGAGGCACGCAAUGCCGAAGGCCGUGCAUACUACUACAAUGUGCAGACAAAGGCCACCCAGUGGACUAAGCCCCAAGAAUUGAUGACUCCAGUUGAGCUUGCGCUGGCAAAUCAACCCUGGAAGGAAUAUACCACUGAUGCUGGGCGCAAGUACUGGUAUAACACCGAAAACAAGCAGAGUACUUGGGAGAUUCCGGAAGUUUACAAGGAAGCGCUUGCGCAGGCACCCGCAGCAAUCCCACCCCCCGCCCCAUCUUUCGUUGCUGGUGGCACGUCUUUCCCGCCUCAAUCCCAUCACCGUGACCGUGAAGACUUUGACCGUGGAGACCGCGGUGACCGAGGAUACAAUGACCGCCGAGGUGGGUAUGGAUCGUAUGAAGCCAGCAGUAUGGCAGCUGCCCCAGACUUCAAGUCCCAAAACGACCCCGAUUACCAAUCCCUCGAGGAGGCAGAAAGCGCCUUCAUGAAGUUGCUCAAGCGACACAAUGUCCAGCCCAACUGGACCUGGGAGGAAACAAUGCGCGCCACCAUUAAAGACCCGCAAUACCGCGCGCUAAAGGACCCCCGCGACCGCAAGUCCGCCUUUGAGAAAUAUGUGGUCGAGGUGCGCAUGCAGGAAAAGGAUCGAGCGAAGGAACGAUUCGCUAAGCUGCGCGCAGAUUUCAACACCAUGCUGAAGCGCCACCCUGAAAUUAAGCACUACAGUCGUUGGAAGACCAUUCGUCCUAUCAUCGAGGGAGAGACCACUUUCAGAUCCACGAAUGAGGAAGAAGAGAGACGUCAGCUUUUCGAUGAGUACAUUAUCUCCCUCAAGAAGGCCCACAUUGACCAGGAGGCCGUGAGGCGCAAGGCUGCUUUGGACGAGCUGGUAGACAUUUUGGGUUCACUCAACCUCGAGCCCUACACUCGUUGGGCCGAAGCCAACGAGAUGAUCCAUGCACACAACAAGUUCCAGAGCGAUGAGAAGUUCAAAUCUCUGACUAAGAGCGAUGUUCUGACUGCCUUUGAAGAUCAUAUUAAGACCUUGGAGCGGGCCUUCAACGAUGCUCGCCAGCAACAUAAGGCAGCCAGAGCCAGAAAGGAGCGAAAGCACCGCGAGCAAUUUGUUGCGCUUCUCAAGGAGUUGAGGUCUCAGGGUAAGAUCAAGGCAGGAUCUAAGUGGAUGAACGUUUGCCCUAUCAUCAAGGAUGAUCCUAGAUACCAUGGAAUCUUGGGCCAGCCUGGAUCCUCGCCUCUUGAUCUGUUCUGGGACGUUGUUGAAGAAGAGGAGCGCAGUUUGCGUGGACCCCGAAACGAUGUGCUCGAUGUUCUCGAUGACAAACGUUUCGAAGUCACCGCUGCGACUACCUUUGACGAAUUCAACACUGUGGUAUCCGCAGACCGCCGUACUUCAAAGAUUGAUCCCGAUAUUCUGAACCUACUCUUCGAGCGCAUCCAAAACAAAGCAAUUCGGCGCGAUGAAGAUGAGAAGCAUGCUGCUGAUCGUCAUCAGCGCCGCGCAGUCGACGCCCUGCGGUCACGCAUCAAGCGCCUCGAGCCGCCCGUGCGAGUCACCGAUACCUGGGCUGAGGUCCAACCCCGUCUCGAAAAGUACGACGAGUACAAGGACCUCGAAUCGGAUGAACUCCGUGAGUCUGCUUUCGAAAAGGCGAUUCGCCGCAUGAAGGAAAGAGACGAAGAUGCAGAGAAGGACCGCGAACUUCAUUCCCAGAGCCGUGGUGGCCGACGUGACUAUGACCGCGGUGAUCGCGACUACCGCAGCGGUCGUGGAGAACGCCGUGGACACAGCAGUCGAGUCAGUCGUACCCCUGAAACCGACGCUUACGAAGCCGAUCGCCGCAAGGCGCAGGCAGACCGCGAGCGCACUUACCGCAAGGUCAGCGGUAUCUCUCCCUCUCGUGAUCGCCGUGACGAGCGCUCAGACCGGGACCGUUACCGCAGCCGGGAUCGCGACUUUGAUCGCGGCCCCCGUUCCGGCAGGGACGGAGACCGCCGUGAGGACGAGCGUGAACGCUUGUACCGAACCCGAGGAGAUCCCCGCGGAAGUCGCGACGAACUUGAUUAUGGCGGUGGUGGAGGUAGCGGUGCUGGUGAUACUCGCAGUGUUGCCAGUGGGGACCGCCGUCGCCGUCGUGACAGUGAUGCUGAAAGUGUGGCAAGCCGCUCCGCGAAGCGGUACCGACGUGAUAGCCGCGAGCGAGACCGCAGCAAGGGCCGGGCUCCCCGGCGCGAACGCUCUGCCAUCCCAGAAGAAGAAGAGGAUACCAAGAAGGACGAAAAGGCUAUGCAUUCCGGUAGCGAAGAAGGAGAGAUCGAAGAAGAAGAGUGA